ACCAUUAAAACUUACAAUAAAAAGAAAAAAGAAGAAGAAGAAGAAGAAGAAGAGAUGGCUAUGGAAGUAGGGUUUUUGGGUCUGGGUAUAAUGGGGAAGGCCAUGGCCACCAAUCUCUUACGAAAAGACUUUAAGGUCACUGUUUGGAACAGAACCCUCUCUAAGUGUGAUGAGCUGGUGGAGAUUGGUGCUUCUGUUGGAGAAACCCCAGCAGCUGUAGUGAAGAAGUGCAAGUACACCAUUGCAAUGUUAUCUGAUCCAUCAGCUGCUCUUUCGGUGGUUUUUGACGCAGAUGGGGUUCUUGAGCAAGUUGUCAGUGGAAAAGGUUACAUUGACAUGUCUACUGUUGACGUCGAUACUUCUUCAAAGAUCAGUGAGGCAAUUACAUCAAGGGGUGGUCACUUCCUUGAAGCUCCUGUUUCAGGUAGCAAAAAGCCCGCCGAAGAUGGUCAGUUGGUAAUCCUUGCUGCUGGGGAGAAGGCAUUGUAUGAGGAAGCAAUACCAUUUUUUGAUGUCUUGGGAAAGAAAUCUUUCUUCCUAGGGCAGGUUGGAAAUGGAGCAAAGAUGAAACUUGUUGUCAACAUGAUAAUGGGCAGUAUGAUGAAUGCAUUUUCAGAGGGACUUGUACUGGCCGACAGAAGUGGACUGGACUCUAAGACUCUUCUUGAUGUAUUGGAUCUGGGUGCAAUUGCUAACCCAAUGUUCAAGUUGAAAGGACCCACUAUGAUCCAGAACAAUUACUCCCCUGCUUUUCCAUUGAAACAUCAGCAAAAGGAUAUGAGGUUGGCUCUUGCCCAAGGUGAUGCAAUUGCAGUUUCAAUGCCAGUUGCAGCUGCAGCCAAUGAGGCUUUCAAGAAGGCCAAAAGCAUGGGGUUGGGGGACCUUGAUUUUUCAGCUGUUUAUGAGACUGUGAAGCAUCUUCAACAUUCAUCAUAAUAUAAACAGAUGCUUAUCAACUUGAACUCAAAUUGCAGUGGUAACUAUAGCCUGUGUGGUCAAAGUUUUAAUAUGAGGAAAUAAAUUUCUAGUGACCACUUCUUUAUGCGUGUCCGAAGUUUGUUUCCUACAAUGUGACGUUGCAUGGUGUGUUUGUACAAUUAAUUAUCAGCACAAGAACUCUUUUUGAAGUGAAAGCAAAGAACACCAUAUUUGGAUCGAAA